CAGCAAUUUUCCCUCCCUUGUCCCAUCUUUCUUGACCCUCCCAAAUCCACUUGGACGCCUUUCUCUCUCACACCCACAUUCCCAAACUUAUGGUCCCAAUUCUCACUCCAGUUUGAAACGGCGUGUUCCUCCCCCCCCAAUGACGAUCCUUAAAGCGUGAGAUCUCCGGAGUGCCAUAAUUAGAUUUGCGCGCACCAUGGACGCCAAGAACUCUACUCACCACUCAACGGCGCCCUCCGAUCGCCAGCAGGUACUGCCGCUCCUAAACUCCACCCCGGUCUCGUCGGCGACCGGGGCGUCGUCUUCUAUACAGAAUUCAGAUUCUAGUCACAGCUCGGCCCCGGCGUCGCCAGCAGUCCAUGACAAUUCUCAUGCGCUCGCCUUCGUUGAUGAAUCCAUUCGUCAGAACAUAACUCAUAGUUCCGAGCGCAAUAGUCAAGAUGUAGGCAGAAAUGCCGUAACGAAGCCGCGCAAACCGCGCAAGCCUAGUAAUGCGUCGGGUGGCCGGUCGACCCUGUUUUGGGUCCAUAGCGACCCCCAGUCGGCAGCCCAGGGAACGAGGGAGGAAACCCUCAAGCGCAUCCGUUCGCAUGUUAUGUCGGAGCAUAAUCGCAAGAAGAGACUGGAGAACACUAAACGGUACAAAAGCAAGACAUGGAAGCACCUUGCUUUCCAGCCGCCGGAAACCGCCGCUUCUAGUUCAUCGGCCUCUACUCCUUUAGCCUCUGCGCUGGGCGACUCUCAACAAUUGCCCCUCAAGGUAUCUCAGCCUGAGCAGCAAGAAGGUAGUUUAGAAAACGCACUAGCCGGUGACACGCCAGGCUUUGUGGCAGCAUCGACAGAAAACUACCAUGACGUUGAUGCAUCUUCGCAUGGUCAGGCGCUCACCGUGAUCCAGAAUAAUUCGCCCGUGGCCUAUCUGGGUUCAGGAGGCAAUGAUCCUUUUAAUGUAUUCCAUACGCGGCUUACUGAUCGUAUGUCUCGGCAUCUUCAACACUUUCUGGGUACCCUGACCCAGAUUGCGUACCCGCUCCAGCGCCGGUAUGGAGAGAAGCUACAGGCACAUUGGACAGCACUAGUCCAUCGCGACCCCGCCUCACUCCACGCGUGCAUAUGUGUUGCUGCCUCCAAUACUGCCCUGACAAUCGGUGAAUUCCCGGUGAGGGAGGGUCAACGGCCCAGUACCCUACUUCUUGACACCUUUCAUCACAGAGGUGAGACAAUCCGGCUGGUCAACGAGGGACUAUCAGAUCCUGUCAAAGCCUCGAGUGAUUCGUUGAUUGCCGCUGUUUCAACGUUAUUAACAAUUGAGAUUGCUUCUGGAAACCCUGAUUAUCUCAAGAUCCACUUGGCCGGAUUGAGGCAGAUGGUUGCCCUGCGAAAUAGCCUUGCAGACGUACCACCUGAUAUCCGGUUCCAGAUCUCUUGGACCGAUAUCCGGGUGGCUUGCAUGGCCUUCACAAAGCCAAUCUUCCCUUUCCUCCGUUAUGCUCGCCCUGCCCAUUUCACCAUUGCCCCUCCUAAUGAAGACCUUGCCAAGACUGCUUCUGCAUUGAAUUCACUAAUUGAAAUACCUAGUAUCUUCGGUGAUGGCAUGUCUAAGAUCAUCUACGACCUGUCUGAGCUUGUGUGGUACGCUGAAUGGGUGAAAAGUGGGCAGAAUUACCAAGAAAUUGACGACGAGACCGAAGGUUACUUCAACACAGAGGUCAUAUAUGUCGAAUAUGCCCUUCAUAUGGAUCGGUAUCUUGAGACCGGCGAGCCUAAAGGGGACGCGAAUAUCGAAGGCUGCGUCCGGCUAGCAUGUCUUCUAUUCCACAAUGGUACGAUCUGGGAAUUCUACCCCCAGAUCGGCCCCGUGUUCCCCAAACCGAUCAGCGCUCUUCGUCUGGCGCUAGCUACCACGAUCCCAGCCGGAUUCUUCCAAAUGCUCCCGGACGUGUUGAUCUGGGUGCUUUUCGUCGGGGCAUGGAGUUCGCAGCUAUUGCCUGAGAGAACAUUCUUCGUGACUGAGUUAGCGGCUGCAGUACGAAGACAGGGAAUCCAGUCGUGGCAGGAACUGCGAUCCCUGCUGUUAAACUUUUUCUACGCGGACCGCGUUCACCAAACUCCAUUGCGCGGAUUAUGGGAUGAAAUCCGGCUAAUACGUAUCCCAUGAACAUCAUCUAUACCCAAUGAGCCGUUAUAUAACUAUGUAUAGUAAUGAAAAUAACCCUGUACAUACCAUGAGACAGGCCACUCCAACCUUACAUACCUACACGUUAUCUCUGUCCACACACUUCACCUCCCUCAUGUGUUACAUUGUGAUAAGCUGCAGCGAUACUCCCAAGUCUCUGGCCAAGAACCAGCAAGCCACCUGAUAACCAGCGGCGCCCUAUCACUACACCGUCCUAUCAAGUGGACAACAGCUAGUAUUACUUAACUGGGUAAUACUAUGCAGGUUUAACAAUCAACCAAUUGUCACACCAAACAGAGUGGACCCGUUCACAACUUGCAACCCUACCCCUACCCAGUAUCUACGAGUAUCUAGGUACUCCAACCCUGCACGGCACCCAGCCCAACAUCCACUUAGUCUCUAAUCCAGCACUCACACACCCAUAAAAAUACUCAGUAACUAGGAAGUGACUUAGUAACAAUAUUAUCACGUCACAAAAACGGCCCAAAGAGAGGACAAAACAGCCAUGUAGGUACCAUAAUCUCACCCAUUUCACACAUGCAUUAGAACCAAACAAGGCCAUGCCAUUUUCUAUUAGUGCUACAUGUAUUCUACAAUAGUAUGCGCGAUUUUCAUGUCCGAGUAAUGGCAUGAUCUCCUGAUUCCAAUGAGGGAGUUCCCGGAAAAGAAUUUUUGAUGGAUCUACGUCAGAGGUAUUUUAGUUCUCUUGCUUGAUUUACU